AUGACCAAAUCAUCGUCUCAUAUGCCCGUCUUUUUACUUACUACUUGUUUUCCCCCGUUCGCAGGGCUUGCCGAGAGCGCUGACGUGGAGCUGCAGACGCCGGAGGCGCCGGAGGACGUGAUCGAGGGCGGCGACGUGGAGCUGGCCUGCAGCGUGGACGGCAGCGGGGAGAUCCGCAUCGAGUGGUUCCGGAACGGCGAGCGCGUGACGCGCAACAGCCGCGUGUCGUUCUCGGGCCCGGGCGGCGCGUCCGGGUCGCGGCGCGUGCUGCACCUCCGCGGCGCCACGGCGCGCGACAACGGCGCGUACCGCUGCAGCGCGUCGAGCGCGGCGGGCACCGUGACCGCGGGCCGCAGCUUCCCGCUGGCCGUGCCGGCCCCCGCGACCCCGCUGGUCCUGGUGCCGCCGCGCGACACGGUGGCGCGCAGGGGUGGCUCCGUGCGCCUCGACUGCAGCUACCGGGACGCCAGCUUCACCGAGUGGUACUUCAAGGACACCGGGCCGCUCAAGAACGCCACCAGGUUUGAAAUCUUGGAAAAUGGCUCUCUCAUCAUAUUGAAUGUUGGACGUCAGGAUGAAGGACUUUAUGCCUGUGUGGGUAUUCGUGAGGAAUCAACAGAAGUGCCACAGAAGUACACUGCUCAACUGACUCUUGCAUAUUUGGAGAAUUUGAGUGCUUCAUCAUUUGAACCUGAGCUGUCUUCCAACAAUCUAGCAAUUGUUCCAGAAAAUACUGAGUUUUCCCUUAUUUGCAGACCUCCUAAAGGAAUUCCACAGCCUACAGUGACAUGGAUCGAUCCACAAGGAAAUAUGAUUCCUAAUUCUGGCCCCAUGCGUGUUGAAGAAUCAAAGCUCAUUAUUGAAUCCACUCGAUCCAAAGAGGAUAGUGGCAACUACACAUGUGUUGCAGAAAAUUUAGCUGGAACUCAUAAGAAAUCUGUGCAAGUAAUUGUGGCCACACCUCCAACAAUAACUAAAGAUCCACUCACCACAACCGUUGAAGAAGAUGAUCCAGCUAUCCUCACUUGCCAGUUUUCUGGGAUGGCGUUUCCUGUUACAUCAGUUCGUUGGAGAAAGGAUGGAAGGUUGCUUAGAAAUGAGGGCACCCAUUUUCAUGCAGAUCCGUCCAAUGGGACUUUAAAGAUUCAUUCAGUUCUGACCUCAGAUAGAGGAGAGUAUGUCUGUAUUGUAAACACCACUGGUUUUAACCCAGUUCAUUCAAAACCGGCACAAAUUCAUGUUAAAGAAAAGCUCAAAUUUACACCUCAGCCAGUUAACAAAAAGAUGGAACUUGGUGCAAUUUCCAAAGUAAACUGUAAAGCUCAAGGUUCAACUCCUCCUUCUAUUCAUUGGAUUAAAGAAAAUGAAUCAGGGCAGAAUUUUCCUGCCCAUGUUUCUGUUAACAAUGGAACUCUGAUUUUCAAUGGAGUUCAGUCAUCUGACAGGGGUCGUUACACUUGUGUUGCAAAAAAUGCUCAAGGCACAAUCAAUGCUACCAUUACAAUUGAGGUUCAUGUCACCCCAAAAUUUACUGUGCUCCCACAAAACACAUCGGAGGCUAUUGAGGGGUAUUCAGUCCUUAUUGAUUGUGCUGCUGAAGGUGACCCUAAACCUACUAUUCAAUGGGACAAAAAUAGUGUGAUGAUGAAUGACCUCAACAAUCAGAGGUUUGUUGUUCUGGAGAAUGGAUCACUUUGGAUUCAGGAAGCCCAUCUGUCAGACACAGGAAAAUAUGGCUGCACUGCAGGAAACAGUGGAGGCUUGAAAAGACAGGAAGUGUCUCUGACUGUACGAAGUGCUGAAGGAUAUCUACCAGACGGCCCUGAAACUUCUAACAGCAGUCAAGACUCAAUGAUGACUAAAACAGUCUUAAUAACACUGGGUGCUGCAGCAGCUUACAUGUUUUUGGUUAUUGGAUUGAUGGUUUGGUGCCGCUUCCGCAGGAGGAAGAGGAAGCAGAAUUACCUGGCUCAGGAAACAGCUGAAGGUACUAGUGCCCUACUAGGUAAAGGUGACAAUGUGGAAACUGCCUGUGCAGCGAAUGGCGACACUGAACUUGGUGACAGAAGCAAACGACUCAGCAAGGCAUCAAGUAAACAAAAUGGACAUGCCCACACUAAUGGUCAUGCAAGGAGUGAUGGGGAAAAUACUGCUCAAAGCCAAUCAUCGAACCACUCCAAGAAAUCCAAGACCAGCUAUGACACUUUAUCAUUUGCACGAACUGAUCUGCAAAACUUGAUGUUACUUGGUAAUGGUGAAAUGGGUGAGGUUUACUUGGCUCAAGCCAAGGGAUUAGCAGGUGCCACAGCACCCGUUCAAGAUGGAUCUGAUAAUAGUAACAAUCUGGGUGUAGUUAUGGUGAAAGCGUUGAACCGUACCAGAGAUGAAGCUUCACUUCUUGAGUUCCGACGUCAACUGGAUAUGUUCCAAAGAGUAAACCAUCCAAACAUUGUGUCACUGUUGGGAUUGUGCCGAGAACAAGAUCCUCACUAUAUGCUUUUGCAAUAUUCUGAUUGGGGUGAUUUAAAGCAGUUUCUACUUGCAUCUAGAGAAAAAACCUCCAAAAAGUCUCCACAGUCUCCACAACCUCCUCAACCCCCUAAACCAGCACCCCUUACACUCGCACAGAUAGUGAGCUUGGCAAAUCAGGCUGCUCAAGCUCUCGAACACCUUUCAAAUCUUCGCCUUGUUCACAAGGACAUUGCAGCAAGAAAUUGUCUCAUUGCUUCUGGCUUGAGAUUGAAAAUAUCUCUCUCUGGCUUGUGCAAAGACACUUACAAGAAAGAAUACUUUGAGCACAGGAACCAGGUAUUACCUCUGCGCUGGUUACCUCAUGAAGCAGUGUUUGAAGAUGACUAUUCCUCCAAGUCAGAUGUUUACAGCUAUGGUGUUUUAGUGUGGGAAAUACUGUCCCAAGCAGAGUUCCCAUUCCAUCGCAAAACAGAUAAUGAUGUACUAUCGUCCCUUCAAAACCACGAACUUCACUGGAAAAUUCCUAAAAACUGCACUCCAGCCAUGAGUGCACUACUGGGUCGCUGUUGGGCAGACAGCCCUCGUGAUCGUCCUACAUUUUCACAAAUUGUGCUUGCUAUAAGUGAAAUGAAGGUGGAUACAGAAAUGUAAGCUUCUCUGCAGAGUUUUAUUCUGUACAAUUAUUUUGAGAUCUCCAAGUACAUAUGUUCAUUUUUGUGAUGACGGGUGCGGCCGUCCAAUCUGUCCACCCGGGACUGUUUGCAAUAUUUAUUUAUUAUUUUUAAGUGCUCAAAUUUGAUUCUUACCAAAUGCAUUGUGCUGAAAUGUCAAGUUCAAACAUUUGUGGUAAGAGUUCAUUUUUUUUCUGGUAGAUUUUGUAACUUUGAAUUUCAUCAAUCAAGCUUGCCAAGACUGAUAAGUGAAUCAAAUUGUUCUUACAGAAAAAGUACUUUUUUUGGUGGUUUUUUUUUUGUUUUGUUUUGUUUUAGCUUUUUACCAUGUGUAACUUGUGAUUCUUAUCAGUCUGAUAUUGUAUUUUGUCUCGUCUCUUUCUCAAAAGAAAAUGUUAAGAUUUUUAAUGUUACAAAAUUAUUUUAAGACUGUUGAUUAUUAGUAUUUCAGAAGAGUGAAUGAUUUUUAAGUACAUUAAAUUAUUGAACUAGUCCACUGGUCAUUUGAUGUGCAGUAUAUUUAACCAUAUUUUGCUUCAAUUCAUUUGCCUAUUCAAAUUAUAAUCAUGUCAGUGAUUCUUCUAAUGUUUCGUAUGACACUGCCCUACUUUCCUAUCCCUGUUGUUCCAGGUUAUCUUUAUAGACAAAACCCAUUUCAAUUUGUACCAAGAACUUUUUGAAGAUUAGUGUGCAUGCAUGUUAUUGCGGCCAUUGGGCAUUCCGUGUAUAUUCUAGGAAUAUGUAUCUUAGUUUAAUUUUGUCCUUAACAACUUUGUGCAUGAUUUAAAACUAAUUAUCUGUCCUUUAAAAAUUCAAAAUUUUCUUUGGGUAUCUUCUAGUUACAUUGAAGAGAAAUGCAAUCAUUCCAAUAUACACUAAAUCACCAAAGUUCUGCCAUUUUGUAGUCUGUGUGGUUAAAGGGGAAAAAUUAGACAAGACUUAUAAAAUUGUUCUAUGCCGUUUGUUGUACUGAAAUUCACUCUUUGUGACUA